AUGGCCAAAACAGAGAAGUCAUUUCCGAGAAACUUUACAGGUUGUCUAACAUGCGUCCAAGUACUGAAUAUUAUGGUCCUCCUCGGCUUCAUGUUGAACUACGCCCUCCGAGUGAACCUCACGAUUGCAAUUGUAGAAAUGAUUUACGAUGACAAUGACAACCACACUGCUGCCUUGAACAUCACCUUAGGCCCUCACAACGUUACUGAGCACCCAGAACAUAUCGAGCAGACUCGUUACCACUGGGAUACGAAACAGAAGAAUCAUCUUCUCGGCUGCUUCUUCUGGGGUUACGUGCUCACAGAACUGCCAGGUGGCAGACUGGCAGAAAUUAUUGGUGCUAGGCGGGUGUUCGGAUACAGCACCCUGUUAGCCAGUAUCCUCACCCUCCUUACUCCUGGCUCUGCAGCCCUCGGCUUCGGAUGGAUUGUUGCAGUCAGAGUAUUACUAGGAUUCCUUCUCGGAGCGACAUGGCCAGCUAUCCUGCCAAUGGCAUCUAAAUGGAUUCCACCAAUGGACAGAUCAAAAUUUAUGUCUAACAUGAUGGCGUCAUCCUUGGGUGCAGCGAUGACCAUGCCGAUUUGCGGUUUCCUAAUCGCCCACUUCGGAUGGGAGUCAGCUUUCUACUUCACAGGUAUCAUCGGAGUCAUGUGGUCAGUAGCAUGGUUCGCAGUGGUGUACGACACUCCAGGUCAGCACCCUCGCAUAUCCGAGACGGAGCGCAACUACCUCAUGAAGGCGCUGCCACAGGACAACAACAGCAAAGGACACAUUCCAGUACCAUGGAAGAAGAUGCUGCUGUCUCCUCCAGUGUGGGCCAUCAUCAUCACCCACGGAGCCUCAGUCUUCGGCUACUUCACCGUUGUCAACCAGCUGCCCAGCUACAUCGAGAGCAUCCUGCACUUUAACAUCAAACAUAACGGUCUGCUGUCAUCUCUACCGUACCUUGGCAAAUACCUGUGUGCGCUCGCAUCGUCAGUGCUCGCCGACCAUCUGAGGCGAAGUGGCAAACUCUCCACUACCGCUGCAAGGAAACUCUUCACUGGAUUCGCUGUGGGACUUCCAGGUCUAUUGAUGAUAGCUCAGGCGUACCUCGGCGGGGACCGUGUAUGGUCCAUCGCUAUCUUCACAUCAGCGCUCACCAUCAACGGCGCCGUCACUGCUGGCUACCUCGGCAACGGGCUGGAUAUUGCUCCCAACUUCAGUGGAACUAUCUUCGGCAUGGCGAACACUCUGUCAUCCUUCGGCGGCUGGUUGUCUACCUUCAUGGUGGGAGAACUCACCAAGGAAAAUAACACCCCCGACCAAUGGAAGAUAGUAUUCUACAUUCUAGCGGGGACAUACAUCACUGGCGCCCUCUGCUUCGUGAGCUUCGGUUCAGGGGAGCUCCAACCAUGGAACUCUGCGAAACCUACUACUGAAGUCGAGAAGCAGCAUGAGGAACAGCCUCUUAAUGAGGAGAAGGCGUGA